UUUACCUUUUCUGCCCGGCGGCUUCGUUCAAACGCAAACUUUUAUCCUUUUUCCCAUUUUCUCCUCAUUGACGUCCUUCAAACUCUCGAGACAGCCACAGGAUUAUAGAGGAAUCCUUAAGGACGCCUAGUGACCACAGGAAUAUAGAUUCCGACGCGAUGAUAGCUGUGACGAUGCUGCGGCUGAUGAUGACAACGAUGACAGUGAUGAUGAUGAUGGGUGUGACGAUGACGAGGGCCAAUGAUGGUGCUGCCAGGACCUGUGAGGACCAAGAAGAAUGAAGAAUAAAGAAUAGAAAAAAAUAAAGAAAUACAGAGAGGAAACACACACACACACACACACACACACACAGCCAUGGCAGGGGAGUCGCCACCCAUAGAAGGAUUGAGUGAAGAGGAAAUACGCGCUAACAAAGACAUAUCCAUUGCUCUGGGCCAUUCCGUCUAUGCCCUGUACCAGUGCCCAGACGAUGAGAUCCAAGCCUUCCGCCGCAGCAGCCUGACUGUGGUGGCGGAGGCGGUGAAGCAGCGGCAGCAGUGUGGGGCGGCCUCCCUGGUCCUCUACCACCACCCACCCAGCCUGGAGGCAUCACCCAAGCUGCCCGUGGGGGUGCAGCGCAGACUGAGAGACGGUAAUCUCACACUGGUGGUUCGGAGAGGGCGCACCACCACCACCACCACCACUAACAACAACAACAACAACACCAGCACCACCUUCAAAGUCAGCUGGGACAUGUACCCCGACGGCAUCAUCGGGAGAGCCCUCAAGAGGCUCCCCCACCACCCCUCCCCCAAGCCUUCCCCCUCCUCCUCCCCCUCCCCUGCCCCCUCCCCUUCCUCCCCCACCACCGCAGGCUAUGUGUUGCAGUUGGCGGGUGGGAACGAGGAAUUUCUGCUGGCGCCGAGACCCAUCACGCAGUAUAAGACCAUCCGCACCUUGAUCACACUUGGCAAAAUCCCCGAGCUGGUCUUAAUCCCCAAGGCAGCCCUACACCAAUCCCUGCAGCCCCACCAGUUCCUCCCCCCCUCCUAUGCCUCCCCACCCCCCUCCCCAGCCUCCUCCCCAGCCCUUCCCAGCAUCUCCCUGUGGCAUCCCAGCUUGGAGGGGAGGCUGAGGGUACAUGUGCUGAGGGUGGGGAUGGGGGGGGAUCUGCUGGUGGGGAAAGAGGGGAGUAGGCUGUUCAUGUGCGCGGGGCUGUACCACGGCGGGGAGGCACUGUGCGGGGUGCGGGAGAGUGGACGCUGCCUCCCCAGGGCGCGGGGCGGGGGUGAGGAGGCUGCCGGGGGAGGGGAAGGAGUUGGGGAGUGGGGGGAGUGGCUGCAGUUCGACCUACCCACCCAGGAGCUUCCCCGUGGGGCGAAGCUGUGCCUGGGGCUGUGGUCCGAGCGCCCCGCCCAGGAGAAGAAGAGGAACAGGGACAAGGGUGAGGAGGUCAUGGUGGGCUGGGGGAACCUCCUGCUCUUCAACCACAGGGGGCGGCUGGUCCACGGGGGGGUGUCCGUGCCCCUUCAGCCGCCCCCCAAGGGACACGAGGACAGACUUCACCCCUUAGGAUCCACAAGCUACCGGCAGCGUGGAGGCGAGGGCGGAGGUGCGGAGGAGGAGGGAGCAGGAGGUGGAGGAGGCGUGGUUGAGGUGGAGUUUGAGCAGCGGUUCAGCGACAAAGAGGUGCUCUUCCCUGAUGACGCCCAGAUGGAAGAUUAUGCAAGAUAUGUCAUUAAGCUGGAGAAAGGAGAGACCCCAGACAACCCCAUGAGCCCAACCAGCAUCGCCGAGGUUGCCGAACAUGACCCCUUGACGCCCCUACCACCCGACGCCCAAGACAGGCUAUGGCAGGGGAGAGCGGAGUGCCCCAAGGUGCCCGACUGCCUCCCUGCCCUCCUCAAAGCCGUCAGGUGGAGCAGCAGGGACCAGGUAUCGCAACUCUACCUUCUGUUAAGUGAGUGGUCGCCCGUCAGCCCUGGGGUCACACUGGAGCUUCUCGGGGCCGCGUCGCCUGACCCUAGGGUGCGACAGAUGGCCACCCGACAGCUGGAUCGCGGGUUCACGGAUGAUGCGAUGGUCCUCUACCUCCUCCAGCUGGUUCAAGGGCUGCGGUGUGAUUUGUAUCUGGACUCUCCUCUUGUGAGUCUGCUGCUCCGCCGGGCUCUGACCAAUGCCAAGCUGGGACACCACCUCUUCUGGCAUAUUAGGGCCGAAGCAGACGACUGGCCCGACCCCAUGCGAGCCCGGGCCAUACUGGAAGCCUACUGCCGGGGCCUGGGGGCGGGGGGUCUGCGGGGGCUGGCGAGACAGGUUCGGGGCGUGGAGGCGAUGGGGGAGCUGGCGGGGCUUGUCAAGGAGCGCCCCGGACACCCCAAAAAUAAAACUCAAUUCCUUAGGGCCAAGUUGAAGGGGGUUGAGUACAGUGUUCCCCUCCAGCACCUCCCCUCGCCCCUGCACCCUCCGCUGUCCCUGGGGAGGCUGCGUCUGGGGGAGUGCUGGGUGAUUGACUCGGCCCGGUGCCCCCUACGACUGGCGUGGGAGAGGGGGGGUGGGGGAGGAGGAGGUGGAGGAGGGGGUAGAUAUGAGAGAUUACGCAGUGCUCUCAAAUCCUCCUCCUCCUCCUCCUCCUCUUCUUCCUUUACCUCCUCCUCCUCUUCUGUGUCUUCCAUUUCUUCGUCCUCCUCCUCCUCUUCCGUCUCCUCCAUUUCCUCUGUCUCCUCCUCCUCCUCCGCUUCUUACUCCCAGUUCCUCUCCGCCCACCUGGUCUCCACGCGCCAUCCGCCCCCGCUCAUCUUCAAAAGUGGAGACGACCUUCGACAAGACAUGCUCUGCCUACAAGUCCUCACGAUCAUGUCGCAGCUGUGGUCCUUGGAGGGGCUGGACCUUCCCCUCACCCCCUACGGCUGCCAGGCUACGGGGCGCGGGGCGGGGCUCAUCGAGGUGGUGGACGGGGCGGAGACGGUCUAUGACAUCCAGCGGACCUCCAAACUCGGGGCGAUCCAGGUGGACUCGACGCAGCUGUACAAGUGGAUCAAGGCCAAGAAUGCCAGCCAGAGACAGCUGGACCAGGCCAUCGACAACUUCACCCGGUCCUGCGCUGCAUACUGUGUGGCUACCUUCGUCCUGGGCGUGGGAGACAGACACAACAGCAACAUUAUGGUGAACCGCGACGGCCUGAUCUUCCACAUCGACUUCGGACACUUCCUCGGCAACUUCAAGAAAAAGUUUGGCAUCCCCCGAGAGCGCGUCCCCUUCGUGCUAGCCUCGGACUUCCUGCUGGUCAUCGCCGGCGGCACAGAGAACCCCAAGGAGAGCCAGGAGGUGCAGCGGUUCCAGCAUCUCUGUGGCAAGGCAUACCUCGCGCUGCGUCACCACUACCGCCUCCUGAUCACCCUCUUCACCAACCUCAUGGACACGGGCAUACCAGAGCUGCAGAGUGUGGAGGACGUGACAUACCUCCGCCAGACCCUAGCGGUGGGGCAGAGCGAGGAGGCGGCCCUGCAGUACUUCCAGAGCCAGUUCAGCGAUGCGUACGGUGGAGCCUGGACCACCAAGCUGGACUGGUUUUUCCACUGGGUCCGGCACCGAUGAGGGGGAGGAAGAGGAGGAGGAAGGAAAGGAAAGAGAAAGGAGGAGGAGGAGGAAAAGAAUGGAGAGCGAGAGAGAUAGACAGAAGGAAGAGGAGGAGGA